AUGGGCAACCUGAUCGGGAGGGGAAGCCGAGCGCGGGGGGCCGCCCGGAGCCCAGCCCAGAAGACCCGGCCCACCAUCCCCACGCUGCACCACAAACUCUACAAGGCCAUCCUCAAGGAAGACCGCGCUGCCAUCAGGGUGCUCCUGCGAAGCCACCCAGUGAACCAGCCCAUCACCGUGCUGGCCACCUCCUCCAUCUACAAACUCAUGCUGGCUCAGACCGAGCUCGCGGUCCCCAUUCACCUGGCUGCUGGUUACCACAAGGCUCAGAGCUUGCUGUGCCUGCUGGAACACGGUGCUGACCCGGAUAUCAGGGACGACAAAGGCCGGACCACACUGCACUUGAUUCUGCUGCAGUGGCCAAUCACUUCCAGCACGUGGACCACGUCAGAUGCCACAAUGCAAAAAACCCACAUAGACAUUCAGAGAAAUGCUGUGCUGUGCCUACGCAUCCUGUGCGAACACGGGGCUCAGGUUAACGCCCAGGUGGACAAAGGCAACAAGGGCCCGGAGACACAAGGGCCCAGUCUCUCCAUUCUGCCCCACAGCGACAGCCCUGCCAAGGAUGCUGGGGAGGCCUACAUGACGCCCCUUCACAUUGCUGCCAAAGCUCUGAACGCGGCCAUGGUAGAGAUGCUCAUUGCCUGUGGCGCCAACGUCAACUGUGCCGUCUCCUCCACGGGGUACACAGCCCUGAAGCUGGCCGUGUGCACGGCGUCCAGCAAGGCGGGCCAGGUGCUGGACGCGGGGGUAAACUGCAUCCGCCUGCUGCUGACCCACGGAGCCCAGGUCAACGCGCAGGACCACCAGGGGCAGACGUCGCUCCACGAGGCGUGCUACGGAGGCCGACAGGCCGUCAUUGAGCUCCUCCUUGAUUUUGAAGCUGACGUCAACAUCCUGACCAACAAGGGCGAGUCCCCAGUCUACAUGUUCCUGCAACGCCCCUCCAACAUGGGGGGGGCCGCCGUUCUGUCCAAACUGCUGGGGCGCACCUACCCUCUGAGGCUGACCAACCACCAAGGCGUCCUCCCCGCAGUCAUCAGGCUGCCCCAGUUCCACCGCCUCAGACAGACUCUGACCAGGCUAUCGAAAAAGCCUUGGCCCCUCCAGGACAUCUGUAAAAGGAACAUCAGGAACACGUACGGCGAGAAGCGCAAGCAGCAGCUCAGGCAGCUGCUGCCUGACAAGCUCUGGAACUCUGUCUAUGGCUGCCAGGACGUGGCGCGCCUCCUCAGGUAA